CCGCAGUAUCCGCGCUCUAUUGGAGAACGUGCGCACAGCCGGUGCCUGCGCUCGCGCGGUCGUUCGCGCGCACACACGCGGAUCGGAGAGAAGAGGAGAGCAGAGAGUGGGCUCUCUGCAAGCCGCGCACAGAAGCUUUGCCCCUGUGAGGAUGGCAGCGGGCUGACCGAGGCGGGAAACCGGAGGAGUGUGGAUAAAUACGGAACAAACUCUUAACUCGUGCUUCGCUUUUCUGCGUUCGGAAGCUGUCGCGUGUGUUGAGGAGGGUGCGCGCGGACAGGGGGGCUGUAGAUGGAGGAAACCCACCCAGGCACGACGCCAAGCUUCUUACAGAGAACCCCCCUCUGAGAAUCCACCGAAGAACCCCCUGCUGUGAUCCAGCCAUGCUAACCGACAUCCAGCAUGGCCUCCUGGAAUAACCCCUUCUCUUAGGGAGAACAACCCAGAAGUUGGCGUUCCUUUCAAAAAUUGAUCAGAGUCUGGGAAAUAAUGUAAAUGUUCCUUGGCUUUGGACCAUGAACCUUAGAGGAUCCCCUGGGAAGAUCAUUUCUGUAGUUUGGAUUUAACUGUCAUUUUCUCUGAACCACGGCAGCGGUGGCUGUUGGAGGCGGCUGCUGCGGCAGUGGUGGGAGGACCUCGCCGCCUCGGAGUAAAGGAAUACAGUUACACAGCGCCGCGCCACCAUGAGGAUAACCACCACCUCUUGCCUCUGUCCCUUCUUGGUUUGCCUCUGCUUCAUCCAGAGGUGCUCUGGGGCAGGCCAUCACGUCCCUACCAAAGUGCCCUCCAAGAACCAGACCAAACUGGCCAAUGGGGAGACAGAGGUGCACCACAGACCCAAGCGUGGCUGGAUCUGGAACCAAUUCUUUGUUUUAGAAGAACACAUAGGACCGGAUGCGCAGUAUGUGGGAAAGCUUCACUCAAACUCUGAUAAAGGCGACGGAUCUGUCCGAUACAUUCUGAGCGGAGAGGGAGCCGGGUCUAUAUUUAUCAUCGACGAGGUGACGGGUGAUAUUCAUGCCACCAAGAGCCUGGAUCGAGAGAGGAAAGGACAUUAUGUCCUGCAUGCACAAGCCUUGGACCGCAACACGCAGGAGGCCCUGGAACCGAUGUCGGAAUUCAUUAUCAAAGUCCAAGACAUCAACGACAAUGCACCUCAAUUUCCAGAUGGACCCUUUGCAGCUACGGUGCCCGAGAUGUCUGAAGUGGGUACGUCCGUGUUGCAAGUCACAGCGACGGAUGCUGACGACCCAACCUACGGAAACAGCGCCAGGAUAGUCUACAGUAUUUUACAAGGACAGCCAUAUUUCUCAGUGGACCCCAAAACAGGAAUUAUCAGAACCGCCUUAGCAGACAUGGACAGAGAAGCCAAAGAACACUACACCGUUGUGAUUCAAGCCAAAGACAUGGCAGGCCAAGUUGGAGGGCUCUCUGGCUCCACCACUAUCAACGUCACCCUGACAGACGUCAAUGACAACCCACCCAAGUUUCCCCAAAAAAAUUACCAGCUGUAUGUCCCAGAAUCCGCUCAAGUUGGAAAACCAGUGGGGAAGAUCAAAGCCAAUGAUGAAGACCUUGGUGUUAAUGCAGACAUUAAGUACAGCAUCAUCAACUCAGAGGGCGCCAAUAUGUUCUCCAUAUCCACAGACAGAGACACAAAGGAGGGAAUCAUCAGCCUGAAAAAGCCCCUGAACUAUGAGAGAAAGAAGACCUACACGUUGCACAUCGAAGGAAUGAAUACACAUGUUGAUCCACGAUUUUCCUACCUUGGUGCUUUCAAAGACACUGCUACCCUUAAAAUCACGGUGGGCGACGUGGAUGAAGCCCCCGUCUUUUCUAUGGAUUAUUAUAUCUUGGAUGUUUACGAGAACUCACCGAGUGGAACUGAAGUGGGGUCGGUUACGGCUCGAGACCCAGACAGCAGAAACAGUCCCGUAAGAUAUUACUUGGACAGCAAAGAGGACGGAGUAAGAUACUUCCGAAUUGAUGAAAGCAGCGGAGUCAUACGUACAACACAACCGCUGGAUAGAGAAGACAUACCUUGGCACAACAUCACUGUAAUGGCCUCGGAGGUUGACAACCCCAGUCUGCUCAGGCACGUUCCUGUUACUGUGCAGGUGCUGGACAUGAACGACAAUCCACCAGAAAUAGCAACCAACGAGGAAGUCAUUGUGUGCGAGAGCUCAAAGCUCGACCAGUUGAUCCAGACUGUCACAGCAGUGGACAAGGACGACUUUGCCAAUGGACAGCGAUUUUCUUUUGCUCUGCCAAGCCAGCUGCCAGUUAAUCCCAACUUCACCCUAAAGGACAACGGAGACAGCACAGCUAACAUCAUUGCCAGGCGGCGCCGGUUUAACCAUCUGACCCAGGAGCUCUAUGAGCUUCCCAUCGUGGUGUGGGAUGGCGGGGAGCCAUCACUCAGUGGCACCAGCACCUUGACCCUGCGGGUGUGCCCAUGCCAGCGCCACGGCAAGAUCCGGAUCUGCCAGGGAGAAGCAUUCCUCUCCUCUGCGGGUCUCAGCACGGGGGCUCUGAUCGCCAUCCUGCUGUGCAUCGUCAUCCUGCUGGCAAUCGUGGUUCUCUUUGUUACACUGAAGCGGAGCAAGAAGGAGCCCCUCAUCAUCGCUGAAGAGGACAUUAGAGAAAACGUGGUGACCUACGACGACGAGGGCGGAGGAGAGGAGGACACAGAGGCCUUUGACAUCAUUGCUUUGCGGAAUCCAGCCGCUGCCGAGGAACUCAAGUUCCGACGAGACAUUCGCCCAGACGCGAGGAAUCACUGUGGCAUGCCCCCCUGCAGGAGCCCGACAGUGGAGCUGGACGAGGUGGACGUGCAUGAAUUCAUCAAACAGAGACUAGUGGAGGCGGACAUGGACACCAGCGUGCCGCCCUACGACUCACUCCAGACCUACGCUUACGAGGGGCAGGGCUCAUCCACAGGGUCCAUAAGCCCGUUGGACUCUGCCGGCGUGCAGUCAGAGCAGGAGUACACUUACCUGGAAGACUGGGGGCCCGAGUUCCAGAAACUAGCAGAACUCUACGAAGAGGCAGAGUCGGAUGUGACCACUUAGUCUGUGAUUUCACUCCCGUUCAAACCAAAUCCGUUCAAACCUGUUCUUCUUUUCAGAUUUUCAAACAAUAACACAGACAGUCUCAGUGGUCCUCAACUUUUAUUGGUGAAUUAAAUCGACUGCUCUAUAUAUUUUUUUUGUUUGAUUGUUUUUAUUUUUUAUUUUGUCACAUUGGCUCAUGGAUUAUUCGUCUGGAAUUGUCAGAUUUUAAAAAAUGAGAGAAGAUAAAAUAUGAGGAAAAGGGGAAAUGAUGAUAUUUUCCUUGGUGUAUAUUUUUUAUUGCUCAAUAAAGUCCUGAAAUCCAUUUGAGUGGAUAUGUGAAAAAUUUGUACAUUUGUCUUAUUCCUGUAAGAUGACAUGUUGUGGAUUAUAGCACAAGG